AUGGGAGAGCCCAAUAUCAGCCGCUUGGCAGUGGUGUAUGCUGAGACUCCUGACCACCUGCUGGAAGAGGACGGUGUGGAACUAUUUACGGAUACAUACGACACGGACUACGGUGUUCCGGAAAACGAGAUGCCUGACACAACACAGGGCACAGCCUUUUUCGUUGCCACCAUUGUCAUUGCCGUGGUGCUCAUCUGUAUUAUGCUUGUAUGUGGUGUCGGCAACAUCCUGUUUAUUGCUACUUUGGCACGGUACAAGAAACUGCGUAACCUCACCAACUUGCUCAUCGCUAACCUAGCUAUAUCAGACUUCAUAGUAUCUGUGGUGUGCUGUCCCUUCCUAGUGGAUUACUAUGUGGUGAAACAGCUGUCAUGGGACCACGGCCUGGUGAUGUGUGCUUCAGUCAACUAUCUCCGGACGGUCUCUCUGUACGUGUCCACUAAUGCUCUACUUGCUAUUGCUGUGGACAGGUACAUGGCCAUCGUCCAUCCUCUGAGGCCUCGUAUGAAGUACCAGACAGCCUACUGCCUGAUCACUGGGGUGUGGAUUGUACCCAUCCUUAUCUCCAUCCCCUCAGCCUACUUUGCCUCAGAGACCAUGUACCCGCACAGCGGAGCCAGCACCUCUCAGAACACCCACAAGACAUUCUGUGCUCAGAUCUGGCCGGUGGACCAACAAGCAUACUAUCGCUCUUACUUCCUGUUUAUCUUUGCCCUGGAGUUCCUGGGGCCCGUUUUCGUCAUGGCGAUAUGUUACGCACAGAUUUCGCGUGAGCUCUGGUUCAAGAGCGUCCCGGGUUUCCAGACAGAGCAGAUUCGGAAAAGGAUGCGCUGUAGGCGGAAGACAGUCAUGGUCCUGAUCGGGAUCCUGACAGCAUACAUUCUAUGCUGGGCGCCAUAUUACGGCUUUACUAUCUUACGUGACUUCCACCCAACACUCAUCUCCCGCCAGAAGAACUCUCUGGUGGCUUUUUACAUCAUUGAGUGCAUUGCCAUGAGUAACAGUAUGAUCAACACCUUCUGCUUUGUCAGCGUCAAGAACAACACGGUCAAAUACCUAAAAAGGAUUGUAUUGCUACGCUGGAGGUCCAGCUACGCCGGCUACGCUCCCAGUAAGACAAUGGAUGAGACAGAAAUGCGGACAUCCUCUUUGCCCAUCACAGAGGAAUUUGAAUGCAUUCGUCUGAGGUGAAUUGGAAGAUGACAUUUUGAAACUGCACUCUACUUUGUUGUUGGUAGGUGUGCAAAAUAAAUGGAAAUAAAGCUAUUGUAAUGAACAUGUUGAAUAAUGCAGUUUUUCUGAAGUACUGUCUGUAAAUGUGUGAUCAUAAUCUGCCAGCAGACAUUGGCCAAAAUGUGCCAAGCACUGUCCAAACUUAAUUGGUCAAUUUGAGGAGGUCUGUUUGAACCUCCUACCAUGGGUGGAUUAGAAAAAAAUGACCCUCCCCCUUGUUCUACAUACCUUUAUAUCAUGAGUAUGACCCCGUUUCCCUGAAGGAAUACGUGCACAAUCAAAAUACGGAAUUCAAUCAUGCCUUUCAAACCCAAUAAAGGCUUCAGUAUGUCUGCACCGUUUAAGUUACAGUGAA